GGAGUGCUGUCCAGUGCAGACAGCUUCAGAGUGUGGCACCCAGGUGUGAAUAUCCCAGACCUCGCCUUUGAUGUGCUCAGGUCUGCUUUGUUUCCCUCUAGGUUAGUUGUAGGUCCGUCACAAAGAGCCAGAUCCGACUGAGUAAAUCACUUGUGGAAGUUAAUUGUUCCCAGUGAAAGCUGGUCUGGCUCAUUCUGCCUCCGUCGCAGGAAGGGACAGAGGUGGUGAGCUGGAUCUGCGUUCUGAGCCCAGCGACUCUAAUUCUGAUCAGAUGUCUCUCUUCAGGGCAUUAAAGAAAACCUGCUCACUAAUCAAAAAGAGCCUCUUCUCUAGAGAAACGACUGAAGCAGUGAGGAUGGAGCCCACCAAGAUCAACAUGUCCCGCGUGGCCCUGGUCAAGGCGCACAAACCCCGCGUCAUGUCCAAGAGCGGCCACAGCAACGUCAGGAUCGACAAGGUCGACGGCAUCUACCUGCUCUACCUGCAGGACCUGUGGACCACGGUCAUAGACAUGAAGUGGAGGUACAAACUCACCCUGUUCGCUGCUACUUUUGUCAUGACCUGGUUCCUCUUCGGGGUGAUCUACUACGCCAUCGCUUUCCUCCACGGCGACUUGGAGAUGAACAAGUUCUCCCCGAAGCGGGAGCCGUGCGUGAAGAAUGUGGAUUCCCUGACUGGGGCCUUCCUCUUCUCCCUGGAGUCCCAGACAACCAUUGGCUAUGGGUUUCGUUUCAUCACAGAGGAGUGCCCCCAUGCCAUUUUCUUGCUCGUGGCCCAGCUGGUCAUCACCACCCUGAUCGAGAUCUUCAUCACGGGGACCUUCCUGGCCAAGAUCGCCAGGCCCAAGAAAAGGGCAGAGACCAUCAAAUUCAGCCACUGUGCUGUCAUCACCAAACACAACGGGGAGCUUUGCCUGGUGAUCAGGGUGGCAAACAUGAGGAAGAGCCUCCUGAUACAGUGCCAGCUCUCUGGGAAGCUCCUUCAGACCUACGAAACCAAAGAAGGGGAGAGGAUUCUGCUGAACCAAGCCAGCGUCAAAUUCAACGUUGACUCCUCUUCGGAGAGUCCCUUUCUCAUUUUGCCUUUAACCUUCUACCACAUUUUGGAUGAAAGCAGCCCUCUGAGAGACCUCACACCUCAGAACCUCAAGGAGAAGGAUUUUGAGCUCGUGGUGCUCCUGAAUGCCACGGUGGAGUCCACCAGUGCUGUCUGCCAGAGCAGGACUUCCUACAUCCCCGAGGAGAUCCACUGGGGAUACGAGUUCGUGCCUGUGGUUUCCCUCUCUCCAAAUGGAAAGUACGUGGCUGAUUUCAGUCAGUUUGAGAAGAUCAGGAGAAGCACAGAUUCUACUUUUUACAGCAUGGACUCUGAGAAGCAAAAGCUGGAGGAGAAAUACAGGCAGGAGGACCAAAGAGACAGGGAACUGAGAACAAUGUUGUUACAGCAGAGUAAUGUUUGAUUGGAUGGACAAACUAUUCUGAAUAAUCCUUUUACUACAAACUGAAAAAAAAACAUAUUUUCUGUGCUGUAUGUCUGCUGUGAAACCAGAAUUGAAGUCCUUUUCAGGAUUAUUCCCUUUUCAGUCCUAUUUCAACAAAUAGCUUUGCUAUACAGUAAAUCUACCCCUUUAGCUGAGUUGUUAAUCAAGUAUUUUGUAAUUAGGCAGGAUUUCUUUGUUCCUUAUCAUGACUUAGCAAAACUGGGUUUGUGUUAAACCUCUGCCUUGUGCCACCCCUGAAAGCAGACACGGCGCUUUCCGUUUGGAAAGUGAAACUGGAUGCACUGUGCUGAUUCCCUCAGAUAUUUAUUGGACGUGGUUUUACUGUGAACAUGCAGGGACAGCACACAGCACUGCAGGAGGAAAACGUGCUCCUUUGAAAUAUGUGUCUUUAAAAUUUUAUAUUCUCGUACCAGGGAUCACCUGCGUGGGGAUUCCUGGCACUGAAAGUAAGUUGAUUGAAGAGACAGAUGGUUGGAUGUGGGAAGAGCUUCAGGGAGGGGUUAAACUCCUGCCUAAAUCUCCAAGGAGGGUGACAGAGCAGUGCUGGGUGGUGGGGAAGGGAACCCACUCUCUGUCUCUGCUGCUCAGAGCUCGUUUUGUGGUUGUUUCAGGAUCACUCUGUUUUUUUAACCUUGCUAAUGCCUGAUUUCUAUCUGAUAGCAAAAAGCAGAGAUGAGGGCGAGACACACACACAGGAUCACAGCAGUAAUCAGCUAAGGUUAUAGCUGGCUUUGAGACACCUGUUUUUUAUCCAAUGUAAAUAGUUUGUAACAGCAGCAUAACAAUACAAUUCUACAGAUUGCUUGCUUUGCUCCGGACUGUAUUUAAUUUUGGUUGAAAGAAAGCUGUGUAAUGUCUGUAGGCAAUAUUUACUUUUUCUGGCAGCCGUAAAGGACAAGCAUUCCUUUCAUCCAAAUCAAUUUUGGUCUACUAAAACCAUUCCAUUAAUAAAUGAGUUUAAUUUGA